AUGUGUGGGAUAUUUAAAUCCAGCAUCUCUGGCCGCCGCCGCCGCUCGAUCUUGCCAUUCAUCUCGCGGUUCUUCCGCAAGUCCUCCCAUACUUCCUCCGUCCCUCCUGCCAAUACCGAGCCAGCCGCCACCUCGGAAGAUAAGCCGGACGAUGCAUCACCAGACGCCAAUGCAGAUGGUGCUUCGGAAGGCAUCUCACAUGGCCUGGCAGCUGCUGGAGACAUCGUUGACUCAUAUCACUCACUGCCUUCCGACCUUAACAAACUUUCUAUUACGUGUAUCCCUGAAAUUGAAAAUCCAUCAGCUAAUAAGACACCGGCGAAAAAGAUAUUUCAUCCUGAACGUCCGCGAAAUCACAAUCGACCGUGGCUGCCUCGAUUCCCCAACCUGAAGCGCCAUUACCCCAUCCGUUAUCAGCCGGGAAGAAGCAUUCCUGCAGGGUCCAAUUUCACGGCGGUUUCUUUCGGGGAGCCAGGAUCAUUUUCUUACGAUUUUGACGACAGUUUCGAACCGCGCUUGCACCGUCUUUCAAGCCAAAUCAACCCCCUACGUCUUUCAUAUAACCGCACACAGGAAACCUUGUCUCAACCAGAUAUUCCGUUUAUUGUCCCCUAUACGUCGGAAGAUCUGUUCCGGCCACCACCUGACUUUCUAUCACUGCGUCUGGGCCCGAAACCUGCUCCUCGAGCUUGCCGCCCACCCGCAAACCCGGACACAAUAUUUGUUGAAAUCAAUGGAAUUCGCACAAACAAACGUCGCGCUGAAGACCACGAGGUUGAUCUGGUUGCCGCCGUUCAAGUCUCCACGCACGUCCCGGUCUCAUCCAUCGCAAUCACUCGCAAAGGAUUUACUCCGACCUCUGAUUUCGAAGUUCCAGAACAGGUCCAGGCGCCCAUGCUCCCAUCAAAACGCGUCUCAAGACGAAUCGCCGGGAUGAUGUCCAAUCUUUUAUGCACUGUCUCAAGCCUGACGGGUAAAUUCCGUCGACUUUUUCACAAUGACGCCUACGAGAUCUCUGAGGCUCGUACCUACGUCAAAAUACCAAAAAAUCCCGGAGUUCAUGUCGCCAAUAAGCGCGUCAAAAUCACCUCUGAACAGUCUAACUUGCAGUGGUUGGAUGACAAAGGGCUUCGAUUACUCCUCGGUCGUUAUUCCCACUUUUGUCAUCUCUUCAACACGGCCAGCUCCAUCAUCCAUAGCCACCCGUCUCGGGCGGAGAUGAACAAGCUUCUCCAACCACUCCUACCCUUCCUGGUCUCUGAUUCGCGUGCUCUCAAUACCAUUCGCGUUGGCCACCAUGACACGGAUCUCUGCCAACUCUGGAUUUCUGUUUGCAAAGUGAUGAUUGCACAUUUGGAUGGUGUCUAUGAAGUAGGCAAAUUCAUCAGAAUGAAGAGCAAGUAUGCCAGGGUGCCAGCCAUCUGGCCAGAUGCUCACCCGCCCGCCAAGUUGGAGACAGUUUCACGAAUCAAAACCUUCUUGACUGCUCCGAGCCUUUUUCUUGUUUUGGAGUCCAUCCUCAAAUUUUCCAACCGAGUGGACAAUGUUAACCCCAAUUUACCCCUUCCUACGGACGUCAUUGACCGUGUUGUCGUGGACAUGACAGCAUAUCAGCAAAAUAUCGUCCUGCCAAGCUUUGUGCAAUCCGAGCAGUUUUACCUGCGCCUUCUGGAGCAGUUUCCAAAACGUGGGCGAUUAUCCUCCAUCACGGACUUAGCUUAUCCUGUUCCCCCAGGAACCUAUCCGGGGUUUCGCCAUGGAUGUCACCUUUUAGACUACAAUGAUGAGGACAGCAUGGUUUCCGCAUACUCUACUCCUGAAGACACCAAUAGCUUUGUAUCCAGUGAGCAACUCACAGACGCCCAGAUUGGAGCUGUACAAGCCAUUCUGAGGAACCGCAAAACACCAAAGCGGCUUAUAGCUCGCACUCCUAAGAGGGUGCGUUUCGUUCAGGGCGACAUCAAAAUCCAACAGAAGACGCAACCGGGAGCAGAUUCUGACAGACAAUCUGCCGACUCAAAGCACACUGACGAACCAGCUUUCAGUGACGAUGGGGCCAAUAGUUCAGUAUCAGUCCUCCAAGGAUGGGCGGAUGACUUGGAGCGAGCUUACAAGAAAGCCUUCGAAGAUUUUGGGUACGAGUGGCCGCCUCCUCGGCCCUCCACCCGCGAUGAGAGGAGUCUAGGUGACGGGACCUCAAGCCUUGACCAACAGGAAUGCACUGGCCUGCUGCGGUACGAAUAUUGUCCUCUCGGGACGCAAAACUCAGAGUCCAAGGCGUCUGUGGGUAAUCAGAUCGAACCCUCGCAGGCGAUUCAGAAGCUUAUGUCCAAGCCAAUGCCAAAUCCACUAGGUCUCAGUGAUGAAGCUUUGGUCUUCUUGAAAACCAGCCCUAAGAAGGACAAGGAGCGAAUGUUCGGAGACAUAAAAUACUGGUUGGAACAGCAUAAAACGCGCCUGGAGGCAGCAAAACUCGAAAUAUUAUACCCCCUACGAGCUCCAGCACGGCCACUCGUAUCACCGCUCAGUUCCAGCUGGCUCGAGAAGGCGCGAGCAACUCUUGCCUCGAGUUCAUUGGCUAAGCUUGCAAUCACUGGCCAAGGAGUUACCCUCAGGCGACAUGAUUUCGAAAGACUCGUACCACCCACUGCUUGGCUCAACGAUGAGGUUGUCAACGCCUCUUUUCAUUGGCUACAGCGAUACAUCAACGCAGCCGCUGGCGUUGAUGUCAGCAAAGGCAUGCUCAGGUGUCUUGCCUUCUCCUCUUUCUUCUUCAAGCACCUACAGCAGCACGGAGUUGCCAAUACGGAUCGAAGUGCACGCCGCGCUGGAUUGUGGAAGAAGUAUUUCUUCAGCCUGGAUACGAUUCUCUUCCCCAUCUGUGAACAUUCACACUGGACCCUCCUCAUCAUUCGGCCAAUCAGGAAAGCUAUUGCACACAUGGACUCACUCAAUCCCGAGGGCUCGCAGGAAUACAUUCGCCUCGGGUUGGCCUGGAUCAAUCAGUACACCCAAGAGAUUGAGCCUUUUGUGGCAGAUGAAUGGGAAAUAGAACGGUUCGAAGCUCCAGCUCAAACCAACGGUUAUGACUGUGGUGUGCACACCAUCACAAACGGCAUGUGCAUAGCUUUGGGCCUAGAACCUAAUGAGAGCUACACUGCGAAAGAUAUGCCUCAGCAACGUCUCAGGUUGGCAGCAAUGCUUCUGAAUGGGGGCUUUGGAGGGGACUUUGACCUUGGUGGCUAUUGA